GCACAAAGCCGGCGCCAAUUUCAAUCGAGAUAAGAUUGCAGCUGCUUCGCUUUCUCUAAUCUCUCCUCCCUUCCAUUCUUGUGGUUCUCAAGUCUCAAACUCCCUCUUUUCCAUUAGCAAACAACACACUCUUUCGCAUAAAACAAACGCUACAGCAGAUAGAAAGCCGAGUGACACAGUCUAGUAACCUGUUAAACCCUAAUAAACCGUUAUGACUAUUACUCUACAAGCUUCUCUUCUCUGUAAGCCUUCACUAUCUCCCACUUGCUAUUCUACUUCUAAACAACGCCUUCAAUGCUCUCGCCACCAUUACCAUUCUUCUCUUUCUCUGUCUAGUAAUAUCUCCUUGUUUACUUUUCUAAGUUUAAGAUUUCGUCUCCUCCCUCCCUCAAUCUCUUGUACAUUGCACCCGGAUAAUGCCAAUUUGAAUUCUGAAUUAACUUCUUAUGGAUUGAAUUCAAAUUCCGAUUCUAUUAAACCGAAAGUCAAUGAGUUGAGCGGUGGAGAUAGUUCCGCUGUUUCUGGCUUUGGAGUAUCGGGAAUUGAUGAACUUGCACGGGGGCGUUCGGGAAGGGAGUCUAGCGAAAUGCAUAGUGAGAAUGCCAUGGGUAGCGAAGGAAACAAUGAGAAUUUGUUGCAAGAACAAGGAGUGAAUAACAAUAUACCAUUGCUAGUCUUUCUUGUUGGUCUGUGGGCAUCAGCAAGGGGAGGAUUGGAGAAGCUUUUGGCAUCUCACUGGUUCACUUGGUGGCCUUUCUGGCAACAAGAGAAGCUUUUGGACCGCCUUAUUGCUGAGGCUGAUGCCAAUCCUAAGGAUGCCGACAAGCAGAGCGCUCUCUUGGCCGAGCUCAACAAGCACAGCCCCGAGUCUGUAAUCAAGAGGUUUGAACAAAGAGACCAUGCAGUGGACAGUAAAGGAGUUGCAGAAUACCUUCGAGCGCUUGUGGUCACUAAUGCUAUUGCUGAUUAUCUUCCAGACGAACAAUCUGGAAAGCCAUCCAGUCUUCCUGCCUUGUUACAAGAACUAAAGCAGUGCGCAGCAGGAAACAUGGAUGAGCCAUUUUUGAACCCUGGCAUAUCUGAGAAGCAACCAUUGCAUGUGGUGAUGGUUGACCCUAAAGUGUCAAACAAGUCACGAUUCACUCAAGAGCUGAUCUCAACUAUCUUGUUCACUGUUGCAGUUGGAUUGGUUUGGGUAAUAGGUGCAGCUGCUCUUCAGAAGUAUAUUGGAAGCCUGGGCGGAAUAGGAACUUCAGGAGUUGGCUCAACUUCUUCUUAUGCAUCCAAAGAGUUAAAUAAAGAAGUUAUGCCAGAGAAAAAUGUUAAAACAUUUAAGGAUGUCAAAGGUUGUGAUGAUGCAAAACAGGAGCUCGAGGAAGUAGUGGAGUACCUCAAAAACCCAGCAAAAUUUACUCGCCUUGGGGGGAAGUUGCCAAAGGGAAUUCUUUUGACAGGAGCACCUGGUACAGGAAAAACAUUGCUUGCCAAGGCUAUUGCUGGAGAAGCUGGGGUACCCUUUUUCUAUAGGGCAGGAUCUGAAUUUGAGGAAAUGUUUGUUGGUGUUGGUGCCCGGCGUGUGAGAUCCUUAUUUCAAGCAGCUAAAAAAAAGGCUCCAUGCAUCAUUUUUAUCGAUGAAAUUGAUGCUGUUGGAUCUACACGAAAACAAUGGGAAGGCCAUACAAAGAAAACUUUGCACCAACUACUAGUUGAAAUGGAUGGUUUUGAACAAAAUGAGGGAAUAAUACUGAUGGCUGCAACAAAUUUGCCUGAUAUUCUUGAUCCAGCUUUGACCAGGCCUGGUAGAUUUGACAGGCAUAUUGUUGUUCCAAAUCCAGAUGUACAGGGUCGUCAAGAUAUUUUGGAGCUCUAUUUGCAAGAUAAACCAUUGGCACAUGAUGUAGAUGUUAAAGCAAUUGCUCGUGGCACACCAGGCUUCAAUGGUGCAGAUCUUUCAAACCUAGUUAACAUUGCUGCCAUUAAAGCUGCUGUUGAAGGUGCAGAGUAUUUAACUGCUGCACAUUUAGAGUUUGCAAAAGACAGGAUCAUCAUGGGCACUGAGCGGAAAACAAUGUUCAUUUCAGAAGAAUCAAAGAAGUUAACUGCAUAUCAUGAGAGUGGCCAUGCUAUUGUAGCCUUAAACACUGAUGGUGCACAUCCAAUUCACAAGGCAACAAUAGUGCCGCGUGGAUCUGCUUUAGGAAUGGUUACCCAGCUUCCUUCAAGUGAUGAGACAUCUAUUAGCAAGAAGCAGUUGUUAGCUCGUCUUGAUGUUUGUAUGGGGGGAAGAGUUGCAGAAGAGCUUAUAUUUGGUCAGGACCUUAUCACUACUGGAGCAAGUGGUGAUCUUCAUACAGCUACUGAACUUGCGCAUUAUAUGGUAUCAAAUUGUGGGAUGAGCGAUACAAUAGGGCCAGUUCAUAUCAAAGAGCAACCAAGUUCAGAACUGCAGUCACGAAUUGAUGCUGAAGUGGUGAAACUCCUAAGAGAAGCGUAUGGUCGUGUAAAAGCCCUAUUAAAGAAGCACGAGAAGGCACUACAUGAGUUAGCAAAUGCACUUUUAGAGUAUGAAACACUUGGUGCGGAAGAGAUCAAGCGAAUUCUUCUUCCUUAUAGGGAGGGUCGGCAAGCUGAGCAACAAGAACAGCAAGAAGAAGGGGAGCUUGUGUUGGCUUAAUCUUGUAAUCAAGCCAACCAUAGGGGGAGUUCUGUACAGUGUAUUUAAAACAGUACAGGUAAUUAUUUAUAUAAUUUAUUCUGAAAUACCCCCAUUCACAUUUUCAUCAAGUGUGUAGUACAAAUUCUAUUCAUGCA